AUGAGGUUGGUAGUUCUAAGCAUUCUCCUAACGCUGGGCGUUAACAACGCAAGGGUGUACCGAAGAACACCGUGCGAGGAUCCAAAUGAGGUGUUUGUAUCAGGUGAACCAGUAUGUGAAAGAUCAUGCGAUGACCUAGAUGACGAAACUCCAUGUUCAGCGGAGUGCGUCACAGGAUGCUUCUGUAGGCCGGGAUAUGUUCGCAACUUGGUUGAUGGAUCAUGUGUACUACCAUGUUAUUGUCCCGUAGCAGAUCCGACAAGUACAGAAACACCAUGUACUACACCGAAGAAGAGGCACUGUCGACGUAAGAAAUGCAAAUGUAAACCGAAACGUACUACUACAGAAGCUCCUACAUCGUGUGAAUGUUCUACUACUACUGAAGCACCUCCACCGUGUGAUUGUGGAACUACUACUACAGCACCUCCACCAUGUGAUUGUUCUACUACUACUGAAGCACCUCCACCAUGUGAUUGUUCUACUACUACUGAAGCACCUCCACCAUGUGAUUGUUCUACUACUACUGAAGCACCUCCGCCAUGUGAUUGUUCUACUACUACUACAGCACCUCCACCAUGUGAUUGUUCUACUACUACUGAAGCACCUCCGCCAUGUGAUUGUUCUACUACUACUACAGCACCUCCACCAUGUGAUUGUUCUACUACUACUGAAGCACCGCCACCAUGUGAUUGUUCUACUACUACCGAAGCACCUCCACCAUGUGAUUGUUCUACUACUACUGAAGCACCUCCACCAUCUUCCAUUUUGCCUUAUAAAAAGGAUCAUCCUCGCAUCUUAGUCAUCAGUGAAGCGCUCAAGAUGAAACUCGCAUCCAUUGUGAUUGUCCUAGCCAUAAGCACUGUAGCCCUUGGCGAUUUCAAGCCAUGCAAAGUGUGUCUCGAUCCCAAUACCGAGUACAGAUUGUGCGGCGAUCAAUGUCCGAGGACCUGCGAGAAUCUGGAACCGGAGGAACCGUGUAUCCAGGUGUGCCGGCGCGGGUGCUACUGCAAGAAGGGAUACGUACGGGAAAACAAAAGCGGACGGUGCAUUCUGCCGUGUGAAUGUCCUCAGCCGAAACCGAAGCCACCCUGUGGUUGUCCCAAGAAGCCAACACCGUGUGGCUGCCGGAAAGGCUGA